CUUGGGGUAGAUUACUAGUUCCAUGUUGUUGUUUUACAGGCCGUACAUGGCCAUUGGAACACUACGUGAUCAAGUCGUUUAUCCAGACUCAGUGGAUGACAUGCAUGAAAAAGGAUUCCAAGACCAGGAUCUGGAAUGUAUCCUGCACAUAGUUCAUCUGUAUCACAUAGUUCAAAGAGAAGGAGGCUGGGAUGCUGUGAUGGACUGGAAAGAUGUCUUAUCAGGAGGAGAAAAGCAGAGGAUGGGCAUGGCUCGCAUGUUUUAUCAUAAACCAAAAUAUGCAUUGUUGGAUGAAUGUACAAGUGCUGUAAGCAUUGAUGUUGAAGGAAAGAUAUUCCAAGCUGCAAAAGGUUCUGGGAUAUCCUUGCUUUCUAUUACACACAGACCUUCUCUUUGGAAGUACCAUACUCACUUGUUGCAGUUUGAUGGAGAAGGAGGCUGGCGUUUUGAACAAUUGGACACUGCUAUCCGCUUAUCACUCAGUGAGGAAAAACAAAGACUAGAAUCCCAGCUUGCAGGAAUUCCUGAAAUGCAGCAGAGACUGAAUGAACUUUGCAAAAUUUUGGGAGAAGAUUCAGUGCUUAAAACAAUGGAUAAAGAGGAAUAA